AUGGAUGCGCAAAAAGCUGCGCAAGUGCUGCGCAAAAUCGAAGAUCUCAACGAAAACCACGAGGUCUCAAUCAUAAGACUUAGCGAGCCGAUAUCAAGCGCCGUUACUCAAGAGUCUCGUCAACGGACAUCAGAUGCCUCAAACGCCUCGCAAGAUGGCACCACGCCAUCUAGUCUGGAAGCCGACCUCGAGCACUACAAGGAGCUCUUCGCCAAGUUGCGUUUCUCCUACGUCGAGCAGGUCACCAAGGAAAAGUUCAUACGCGCCAUAGUCGGCGACCCGCCCGUUAUUGUCACGCCUCAAGAAAACCUCGAGCUCGAAAAGGCCAACCUCGAAGCCAAGGGGCAGCUCAAGGCUCUGAAAGUGGAGGUUGCGGAUAUGGUCACGGAGCUGGAGAAGAAGGGCAAGGAGCUCGCCAAGCGGUAUGAGAGCGUGCAGCUCGACACAACCAAACUUAGAGAGCUUCCAGACAAGAUCCUCGAGUUGGAAGAUCAGAUCGCAGAAUUGAAGGAAUCACAGGCGCCGGGGCAGGAUCCGCUUAUGAAUCUGCCUCUAGCAAAGACGCUGGAGUUGGUGGACGAAAAGAAAAGACAACAGCAGCAGCUCGACCGCGAGCUCGAGCAGCUUCAAGCGAGGGUACCACGAAAGAGAAAAGAGCUUGAGAGAUUACAAGCCGAAUUACAACCAUUGGAGGUCAAAAGGCAGAAUAGCAAAACGGCGGCGAAGGAGGCGCGGAGGAGAAAGGAGGGUGCGGGUGGUGAUGAGGAUGACCUUGAGGAGCGGGGCCGAUGGUUGAGAGCCAACGAGGCAGCACUCAAGCAGAUGUUGGACAUUCAGGGAUGA